AUGGCGCUUGUUCCUCUUAUUCAUCAUCUUGCUCCCGUUGCGGUGGUUUUGCUCAUCUUCUAUUGUUGUUGUAGCAUUCAUCCCGGGGUCGCAGUGGACAUUCUGCGCCAAGGCGGCCCAGCCCUCCCUCCCGGUUCCAACUCCUCCCUCGACAGCCCAAGCGGACAAUUCAGCUUAGCCAUCACCGAGUUCAACUCCGACAACCUCACCUGCCGCUACCUCGGCCUCUGGUGGGAGUUCCGCUACUUCAUCUGGACAGCCGACGGCAGCUUCCGCAUCUGCGACGGCUCGGGCCGCCUCGUCCUCGACCGCAACGGAACCCUCAAGCUCACCCACUCCGCCGCCGGCCCACCCCUCGUUCUCUACUCCAACAACAACAACACCACUAGCAAGAACCUGACCGCCGCCGUCCAAGACAACGGCAGCCUCGCCGUGAGGGACGGGAACGAUCCGCUGUGGCAGAGCUUCGACUCCCCCACGGAUUCCUGGCUGCCCGGGAUGAAACUCGGGCUGGUCAACACCGGGCAGAACCGGAAGCUGACGUCAUGGCUGGUCGAUUCCCUCCCGGUUAAAGGAGCCUUCACGCUGGAGUGGGACCCGAAGAGGGAGGAGCUCGUGAUGAAGCGGCGGGGCGCGCUGUAUUGGGCCAGCGGGAAGCAAUUGGGCCCCGGCAGAUUCCAGAAUCUGGACCUCACGGCGGGGAUCUCGCCCGCCGGGCUCGACUACAACGUGACACGUGUCUCCAACCCCGCGUCCGACGGGGGCGAGGAUUACUUGACUUUCGGGGUUUCCGUCAACGGAAACAGUGUCCCGGGGCAGUGGAACUUUUCCAUCUUGGCGCUGGGCCACGACGGCGGGAUCGAGGACAAGACCGUCGGGGUUCCGGCACUGGACCCGGACCUCUGCGACGGGAACAGCACGGAGAACGGGUGCGUGAGGUGGGGAGGGCCGGAGUGCCGGCGGAGCAACGAGGAGAGGUUUUAUCUGCCGCGGUGGGAUGAAAUGCUGGAGGAAUGGGAUGAGGUGGACGGCGCGGCCAAUGGGAGUAGUGUCGUCGCCGGUAGUAUCAGCGACUGCAAGGAGUGGUGCUGGAACCAUUGCCAAUGCGGUGGGGUCAGCCUCCAGCGCGCUGGAAAUGGCACGACUCAAUGCGUUUUUUACAAGUACGGGGUUUCUUCUAACGAGUCGUCGGGCGUUCCCCGGGCCAACAUGUACCGCCAAAUUAAGGGUAAAGUUCCUAGAAAAUACGACUCCGGUGGUAAUGGCAGCACCACCGCUCCUUCCAUUUCCCCAAGUGCAGCCCCAUCAGCAUUUGAACCUCCGGCUGCACCAAAAGUCAAGAAUAGUAGUGAGAAGUGGGUAAAGAAGAGCGGGAAGUGGGUUUUGGUUGGGAUCGCAUUGGCGCUUAUGAUUCUCCUCAUAUUUACCACGUUUUGGUACACGAGGAGGCGAAAACUCAGAGAGUUGAUGACUGCAAUGGAAGAUGAAGGAAAUGGAGGGCACGAUCAUUUGACGGUUUAUAAUGUGGCGAUGAUCAUAACCGCUACAGAUAAUUUUUCUCCUCAAAAUAAGCUUGGUCAGGGAGGUUUUGGACCCGUUUACAAGGGAAAAUUACCAAAUGGGCUGGAAGUAGCUGUCAAGAGAUUAUCAGAAACAUCAGGCCAAGGCUUGGUGGAGUUUCGAAAUGAGCUAGUACUCAUAGCUAAGUUGCAACACAGAAACCUUGUUAAGCUUUUGGGUUACUGCAUCCAUGAAGAAGAGAAGAUGCUAGUAUACGAAUAUAUGGCAAAUAAGAGUUUGGAUUCUUUUAUAUUUGACGAAUCGAAAAUAUCACAAUUAGACUGGAAUGUGCGUUUCAAUAUUAUUGAAGGAAUAGCUCAAGGUUUAUUGUACCUUCACAAGUAUUCGAGAGUGAGGAUCAUACACAGAGAUCUAAAAGUUAGCAACAUACUGCUUGAUGAAAAAUUUAAUCCAAAGAUCUCAGAUUUUGGAUUGGCACGUAUUUUCUAUACAAAUGCUUCGAAGGCUAACACAAACAGGCCAGCCGGAACAUUUGGCUACAUGUCUCCAGAGUACAUGAUGGGAGGUGUUUUCUCCACAAAAUCUGAUGUCUUCAGUUUUGGCAUUAUGUUGCUGGAAAUUGUAAGCGGAAGGAAGAACUAUCGUCUUAUUCAACAAGAUCCACCGAUCAAUCUCGUGGGAUAUGCAUGGAAGCUAUGGGAAGAAGGCACCCCAUUACGGUUAAUGGAUCCAUUCUUGAGCGAUUUUGAUAACUAUAGGGACCAGAUACUUAGAUGCAUUACCAUUGGGCUACUAUGCAUAGAAUACAAGGCAGGAGACCGACCGUCAAUGUCAGAGGCAAUAUCAAUGUUAAAUAAUCAAGUUGCACCGUUGCCCAUACCAAAACAACCCGGCUUUACGACGCGACAGGGAAGUAUUGGUUCUGAGAGAAGGAACUUGCCAGAAAACUGUUCACACAAUGAUGUCACGUUGACAACAAUGUAUGCUCGAUAG